AUGGCGACGUGGAGAUGGCGGAUUCGGUGGCUGGCGAUGGCGGACGCGGCGACCGGCGAUGGAGGCAGCGAGGCGGCGAGAGGAGGCGGGCGGUGGCGCUGGGCGGCGAUGGUCGUCGGCGGGGAGGCGCUAGGCGACGGGCGAAGAGGCGGCUGGCGAUGGAAUUCUGCGGUGGCGGCGCGGAGCCUCGGGCCCGGGAGGGCCGGAUCUGGGCUGCUCCGGGCCCCGACGAAGUGGGGCGGCGCGGGCGCUGACAUGGCGCGCUGCGGUUGGUCGAGCGGAGCGGUGGAGCUGAGGUGGCGGGCUCCUGUUGGUGGGAGUGAGGUGGCCGGCGAGAUGGACACAAACCGCAACGGCAGCUCCUGCAGCCGAUCGACAAUGGAGGGGGGAGGUCGGACCAACUCAAUCCAGCGCGCCUUUAGCCUCACCGCGGAGAGAGGCUCGCCUGUCGUCUUCGAGCCGGCCAUGGGUAUGGUCUUCUCGUCAGAGCAAGAGGCGCACGAGUUUUACAACGCCUAUUCUUGGGAAGUUGGGUUCGGGAUCAAGCGGGGAAACAAGUAUACCACGAAGCCCGCAUGCUACAAAACAAUGCAGGAAUUCCUCUGCUCGUGCGAGGGAUCCAACAAGGAGGAGAACACAAAAUCUGCUAGGACAAAAUGCAAGGCUAUGGUCAGGCUAAAGAGGACUGCAGAUGAUGGAUGGUACUUCUCCACAGUCGUCCUGACCCAUAACCACGAGCUUGCAGACACUGCCGGAGAGAAGAAGGUGUGGAAGUGCCACAAUACCAUUGACUCGUCCAUCAAAGAACUGAUCAAGCAUAUGCGGUCUAACAACAUCCCUGUGAACAAGGUUUAUGGUGUGAUGUCCGAUAUACACGGGCGUCACGAAGAGGUUCCCUUCAGCAAGCGUUGUCUGAAGAAUCUAUGCGCAACCCUCGCACACGAUUCAAGCCUCAACGACAUCACGAAGACGCUCGAUAUAUUCAGUAAGAUGCAAGCACAAAACCCUGAUUAUUUUUACGCGGUGAAGGUCGACUAA